GGUUCUAACUCUAACUUACGGCACUUGGUACUUGACCCCUACGCUGUCUCAAAGGUGGGUUUUUUUUGUCGUUAUGUUCCAAAUUGGAGCAAAAGGGUGGUGCCGGUAAACCACAUGAAUAUCCAUAUUAUCAUGACUCUCAUCACACCACCACAACACAACUUUAUUACAGAAUUGUCCACACUCUAGACUCUAGAUUUCUAUACCGGCUGCUGCUGGCACCUAAUCUGAUCCCUCCUCUAUAAAUACCGUCUUUUCCUUUUCCCUUUUCCAUUAUCCACCAAGACCAAGAUGAAGAGGCAGAGAGGUGUGCAUGUGAAUGCUGUUAGGCCCAUCAUGAAUAAUAAUCCUCCCAAUGUUGAAGAUGUAGCUGCAGCUGCAAUGGGGAAGAAGAAAGUGAAGAAAGAGGAUGAGCAGAAGGUGGGGAAUAUUAUGGUGGAGGAAGAGGAGAUAAAGGAAAGUAGUACUAGUAGAAACAGCAUGGUGGGUGGGUAUUUGCAGCAACAUCAACAAGGUGGCAUGCUGAUGGGUUGGAAUUGGGAGGAGAAUAUGAAUAUGCCAUUGGUGGGAGGUGUGGUGGAUGAGCAAAUGUCAUGGGGCUCCACUUGGUUCCCUGGUUGGGACAUGGACUUGUUGGGGGGAGAUGCUUUCACUGCCUUGUACAAUGAUGUUCUUUGGGAUGAUGAUAUCUGGAAUCUCAACAACCAAAUUCCAAUUCCCUUAGAUACAACAAAGAGGUUUCACUUGGAGUAGAGUUAGUUCUUAAGCCUGAAAUGUCUUUAUGUUUCCUUUAGCUAGGAAUGGAAUUCCAGUGUUUUCUCUUCAAUUUAUAUAGUAUGUUGAAUGUUGAAUUCACUAUCUGUUUUUUUUUUUUUUUAAUGCUAAUUCGGCUCAUCAGAUUCCAGACCAUCUA